AUGGCAUUGUUCAAAUCGCUGUUUUUGAUUAUGGGUAUCCAAAUUGGUGGUUGGAUGUUUUCUUCUAUAGGCUUCUAUCUAGUCGAUAAAGGAUUUAUUAAAAAAUUUAACGAAAAAAAUAAUGAUUUAAUUGGAAUAUCUAUUAAUUGUAUUAGCUCUUUAAGUUCAACUUUUGAAGUUCCUGCCGUUUUUCUUUCAAGCUCAGAACAUCGCAAAGCUUUAAAGAAAACUUUAGGCUACGAAACUUCUUCGGUCUAUCAAAUGACUGUACAAAAUAAAAUUUCUCCAACCAAAAAUCCUGUAAUGGUACAGCCAGCUACUCCCGAAAAUGUUCAGAAUAGCUAA